AUGAGAGCCCUCUUCGUUUUGUGUUUAUUCGCACUUUCUAACGCCGCUGUUGUCAGCUUAACUGCCGAGAACUUCGAUGCCAAGAUCAAGGAAGGAAAGCCAGUCUUGGUUAAGUUCUUUGCCCCAUGGUGUGGACAUUGCAAGAAGCUUGCCCCAACUUAUGAAGAGUUCUCUAAUGUUGCUGAAACUGAAAUCCCACAACUUGUCGUUGCUGAAGUCGAUUGCCCAGCUAACAACGCUAUCUGUGGACACGUCCAAGGCUAUCCAACCGUCAUUUUGUACCACGACGGAGCUCAAACUGAGUUUGAAGGUGCAAGAACUGUUGACGCUAUGAAGGCUUUCAUCAACAAAAAUCUUUAA